GAGCGAUGAAUCAUUUUUAUUUUGCACUCAACGCCGGUAUUUAGUUUACGUUUAUCACGCAACUAGACAAGAUGAAUGUUCUUUUCGUGUGCUUGGGCAACACCUGCCGCUCGCCCAUAGCCGAGGCUAUCUUGUUGAAUUUGAUUCGCAUACAUCAACUAACGGAUUGGCACACGGAUAGCGCGGCCCUGCGGGAUUGGAAUGAUGGUUUGGAGCCACAACCGCGCACCUUGCAAGUGCUCCGACAACAUGGCCUAAGCACGAAACAUUUGAGUCGAAUGAUAACAGCACAAGAUUUCUACGACAACGACUUUAUUUUUGGCAUGGACGAAAGCAAUAUGGCAGAACUGCAACAAAUGGCGAACAGCCUGAAUCCCAAACCCAAGUGUCAGCUAGUACUGCUGGGCAGUUAUCUGGGACGCAAGGAAGAUGAAAUAAUUCGAGAUCCAUAUUUUAGCAAAGGAAUGGGUGGAUUUCACGCGGCGUACCUGCAAAUCAAGGAAAGCUGUGAAAAUUUUGUACAGCAGCAUAAACAACACAAGAAGGAGCUAUAAGUUCUUGAACCAGUAAUUUUUAUUUAUAAAUGUAUCAAGCUUUAUAACUGUUUUAUUAUCUUUAUAAUGUACAUUGCACUUGUAUAUUUCUCGACGUCCAUAUUAUAUUUUAUACGUGCAAUUGUGCAGCGUAAAUUGGUCG